AUGUCUGUGCCAGCCGUUACAUAUGUUACCAUGUAUGUGCCAGCCUUGUACUUCAUCUGCGACUACUUGUAUUUCACCGGCAACUACUUGUACUUCAUCUUUGACUACUUGUACCUAAUCUAUGACUACAUGUACUUCAUCUUUGACUACUUGUACUUCAUUUGCGACUACUUGUACCUAAUCUAUGAAUACAUGUACUUCAUCUUUGACUACUUGUACUUCAUUUACGACUACUUGUACUUCAUCUGCGACUACUUGUACUUCAUCUGCGACUACUUGUACUUCAUCUGCAACUACUUGAACCUAAUCUAUGACUACUUGUUCUUCAUCUCCGACUACUUGUUCUUCAUCUGA